AUGAACUCGCUGAACAUCCUGUCCUCGCGAGUCAUUGGCCAACCCUCUAGCUCAUCACGACCACGAUCGCAAUCCCAAGGCGACAACAAGCGCAUACCUCUACCGGCUGACUUCUCAAAACACCGGUCCUACAGCGAAGAUAACUUCCGUUCGUUUGAUACCACUGAGAACAACUACGAUGGUCCACCGGUGCAUGAAGAUGGCGGAGAGGAUGCGAUAUACGGCUCCGAUGAGAAGACACCGUUAAUCCACGAGAACUACAAGAGCGGAACGCUUACUGCCCAGAGCACUUGGCGACUAAUCACUAAACGGUUCUUCGAUGCGAUUACCGAGGCCAUCAAGUUCAUCCUGUCUACGAUUGCUGCCCCCGGCGUAUACUUGGCCCAAUGCUUCCAAGCCGACGAAGGUCAUUAUUCCUUUCUCGAGCCUAUUCGGAAACUGCGACGUUUCUCUGCCGACCCUACGACCCGGUCGGAUAAAGGGGCCGCCCGGGUAGAAGGUCGGCGUCGCAGUGGCUCCACCCGGAAACCCCGACCCCAAAUAUCCAACGAAUCUAUCGCAUCAACAACAUCGGAAUCCGACACAGAUCGCCGGAGACAAUCUGCAAGCGGGAAACAUCGACAUACCAAAUCGAGAGGCCAUGAGCCAGACCCAAUCCCAGAAGCAGAAGAGUACGAACACACGCCCCGUCGGUCCAUACGUAUCAAACUCCAUAAUGAAGAAUCUCUGAAGCGGCAAAGACAACGAAGAUCCCAGAGCGCAGAUCUAGGUCCGCCCAUGCCUGAGGGCGUUGCCAGAGUCCAGGGCGCAGUGCAGCUGGACAGCUUGAAGUCUCCAACCUCUCCCAACAUCCAUCGCAUCACCAAGUACCCACAUACUCCUAUUCCCCCGCGUCCCCUCCUCCCUCAACGAGUUCCUUCAUAUACUGCCGCCCCUCGAAAUGCCAGGCCUCCACAAAAGACCUUGGUUUUGGAUCUCGACGAGACCCUCAUCCAUUCGCUCGCUAAGGGUGGCCGUAUGUCCAGUGGUCACAUGGUCGAAGUGAAACUUUCGAUGCCCACCACGACCGCAUUGUCUCCUGGUGGGCCUCAGACAACACUGGGACCUCAACAUCCCAUUUUAUACUACGUCCAUAAAAGACCGCACUGUGAUGAAUUCCUGCGCAAGAUCAGCAAGUGGUACAAGCUUGUCAUUUUCACGGCAAGCGUCCAGGAGUACGCCGACCCUGUCAUCGACUGGCUCGAGCAGGAACGAAAAUACUUCGCGGGCCGCCUAUACAGACAGCAUUGCACGCUUCGCAACGGCGCGUAUAUCAAAGACCUCAGCUCCGUUGAACCGGAUUUAAGCAAAGUGAUGAUUUUGGACAACAGCCCUAUGAGCUAUAUCUUUCACGAAGAUAAUGCAAUUCCAAUUGAGGGCUGGAUCAACGACCCAACAGACAACGGCCUGAUCCACUUGAUUCCCAUGUUUGAAGCUUUGCAAUAUGUCACAGAUGUCCGGGCUUUCCUUGCACUUCGCCGGGGUGAGAUUGAGUCAUAA